AAAAACUUCGGACAUUCAACUGUAGCGAAUUAGGAAGUUGCCAUUUCUAUUAUCGCUCUGCCCUUGACAAUCGAUCUAUGAUUUUUUAAACAUUUUUCAAAUCCUGGGAAAUUCGAUUUGUUAAUCGGUUUUUCUUCUCGGAGGUUCCUGGCUCUACUCGGGUCGGAAGGGAAAGGGCCUAAACAACCCGACAAGAAAAGAAAAUUGUUUUUCGUUUCUUAAAAGAGAGGAAGGAGAAGAAUAAUUAAAAAAGAAGGAAAUAAUUGAGAAGAAAAGGUAGAGAAAAUGCGUACAGACCCGAACAUCAUCAUCACGGGCACGCCCGGAGUGGGCAAGACGACGCACGCCGAGAUGCUGGCCGAGAGGACGGGACUGAGGCACGUGUCGGUCAACCAGGUCGUCAAGGACAAGGGGUGCCAUGAGGGCUGGGAUGACACUUUCAUGAGCUGGAUCGUGGACGAGGAUAAGCUACUAGAUGCGCUUGAGGAGGAUAGUGUCAAGUCUGGCGGCUGCAUUAUAGACUGGCACGGCUGCGAGAUCUUCCCCGAGAGCUGGAUCGACUUGGUCGUCGUGCUGCGGGUGGAUUCUAGUACUCUUUACGAUCGGUUAUCCGCGAGGAAAUACCCCGAGGCGAAGUUACAAGAGAACCUAGACUCGGAGAUCAUGGAGGUGCUGUUACAGGAAGCGCGGGACUCGUACGAACCGCAGAUCGUGGUCGAACUCACGAGUAACUCGACGGAUGAGAUGGAGAGUAAUGUCGACCGCAUCGAUGAGUGGAUUAAGCAGUGGAAACGGGAUCAUGUGGAGGGGGGUGCGCAGUAGAGUGAGAUUAAGUUAGAAAAAAAAACAUGAAGCCCUUUUCUUCUCUGAGGGUGAAACGGGGGAGGGAAAAGGGAAGGGAAAGGUGCAUUGGGACGGACGACGCAUUCUAGGUAGUAAAUGCGAUGAGAUACCCAUGAUCUUUGACUGG